CGACGUGACCUGAAUCCCUCUCAAAGUAAAUAUGUGAACAUAAAUGACAGUUUCGGAGUAGCCCUGUCUGACCUCAUGCCGCUGGCUGCUCCUGAUGCCCCGCAGAACACGGAAGGGUAGCCUGUUGAAAUCGAAGCCACAGCUACUGUUCCUCGAACCUCCGGUAGAUGGCGCCACACACCACUACGGGCCUCAAGUGCGAAGCGCACUCAACCCCAGGUCUUUUCUGUCGGAACAGCGGACGAGCAACUCUGAGCAUUCUUCAUGGGUGACCCCCCAGUUUGACUCCAGCAUGCAGCUGCAGUGUCCUGUACGCAGAAGAGGAGGAGGGACUAGGAAGAGCUUGGGCAGCAGUGUUCUGGACAGGAGUUUGCUGCUCUCUUUACCACAGCUCAGGAAAACCAGCGUCUGCAAAUUCCCCCCUCUGUCCUUUGAGAAGCACGUCGCACCCCAGCCUCGCCCCCAAACUUCCACGCGUGGAGAUAGGACGAAUCACCCCCCCACAGGGGCCCUGCAGGAGAGGCUCUGCCUACUCUUUCCUCUGACUCCGCUCGGCACACAAUCACCCCCUGAUGUGUUGGUGAGUGACACUCCAGAGCAGGACUAUGGGCUGAGGGUGAGCAGAAGGAGGAGGAGGAGGAGGUUCCUCCAGGACUGA